AUGAUCCACCAAGUUUUCGUACUGGCUGUUGUCGCCACUUUGGCUCACGCUGGGGAUCUAGGACUUGGUCUCGGAGGAGUAGCAAUUGGAGCGGCCCCAGUUGGUAUUGCGAAACAAGUUGCGGUUGAUUUAUAUACGCCAGCCAAUUAUGGGUUCAAAUACGGCGUAGGGGAUCCAUCAACGGGAGACAAAAAGGAACAGAGUGAAGUCCGUAAAGGCGAUACGGUAGUGGGUGAAUACUCCCUGGCUGAACCUGAUGGCACCAUCCGUGUUGUCAAGUACACCGCCGACCCAAUCAACGGUUUCAACGCCGAAGUGUCCAGAAUUGGCAAGGCGGUCCACCCGGUGACCAUCAGGAAGAUCGCCGCUGUUCCCGUCGCCACCAAAGUCGGAUUAGGAGGAUUAGGACUUGACGGUGGACUCGGACUUGGACUUGGAGGACUUGGACUUGGAGGAAAAUUGUUGUAG